AUGAAAGAUGAUCAAAAUAUUUGGUCUCAUGUACGUCAAAUUUUUAAAUCGUAUUCACCAGCGUUCAGAGGACUUAAAACACCAAAUGGUGUAGUGAAAAAUAAUCAAGAAAUUGCAGAUCAAUUAGCAAAUUGCUAUGAGAAACACUUUGCUGAACCAACAUCUGAUAGUAAGAAUUACUUUCAUUCGAAAUGUUUAGAAGCAUAUGAAAAUAUUAAACAUUUUUCAAAUCUUCCUUUAGAUCAGAUAAAGAUUUAG